AUGGAUUACGAUGCGAUGGACAUGGACAUGGACACUUCUGGUCCCUCUGUCAAGAUCUCUGAGGCAGACAGCACGCACGUCAACUUUGAGCUAUCGAAUACCGAUCUUGCCUUUGCAAAUGCCCUGCGCCGCAUCAUCAUGGCCGAAGUUCCUACCGUCGCCAUCGACCUGGUCGAAUUCCACGUCAAUACUUCAGUCUUAGCCGACGAAUUCAUUGCGCACCGACUCGGUUUGAUUCCCCUCGACUCCAGAGACAUCAAGGAUAUGAUGAUGCCUCGGGACUGCGAAUGCGACGGACACUGCGACAAGUGCAGCGUUGUUCUGACUCUCCAUGCUAAGUGUACUGGCGACGAAAUUAUGAAAGUGCACGCCAAUCAGUUUGAGAUCAGCCCCGAGCGCGUCAAUCAGACGGUUGGAACCCCUGUCAUCACCGACCCCGAUGGCCUCGGUCCGUUGAUUUGCAAAUUGCGUAAAGGUCAAGAGUUGCACAUUGAGUGCAUUGCCAGAAAGGGCAUUGCAAAGGAGCAUGCCAAGUGGAUGGCUACUUCUGCGGUCGGCUUUGAAUACGAUCCUCACAACAAGCUUCACCAUCUCGACCUCUGGUACGAGGCCGAUCCCGCAGCUGAAUGGCCCAAGAGCAAGUAUGCCGACUGGGAGGAUCCCCCGCAAGAGGGCGAGCCAUUUGACUACGAUGCUCUCCCUGAGAAAUUCUAUUUCGAGGUCGAGGGCGUUAGUAACCUGGAUCCAGAUGGCAUUAUCAAGGAGGGAAUUCAAGAACUACAAGAAAAGCUUGCCCGAAUCAUGCAGGGACUUGGCGACUCCGAAGGCCUGGAUGGACAACAGUAUGAUGGUCCCCAGAGUCCUGGCGGCGACAUGGGCGGCCCUCCACCGUGGCAAAGCGAAGGUUAUACCACCCCAUAUGGAGGUGGCAAUCAGAGUGCCUGGGGCGGUGCUCAAACAGCAUAUGGCACCACUCCUUACGGCAAUUCCGGUGGAAGCGGUUGGAGCUAA